CCAGCAUGCACUUCGACACCAUAUAUAAGCCCCAGCUCAAAAUCAAAUUCAUCAGUGCAAGCCGCUCUGUUCGACACAUUACGUCGUGCGUAGAGGGAUUUUUCACUAUCCAGACUAUUUAUUUUUCUCGUGUCUCAACAAUUUACAUUAUAUUAAAAUGCGUGAGUGUAUUUCCGUCCAUGUUGGUCAAGCUGGAGUCCAAAUUGGCAAUGCCUGCUGGGAACUCUACUGUUUGGAGCAUGGCAUCCAGCCAGAUGGUCAGAUGCCAUCAGACAAGACCAUUGGAGGGGGUGACGAUUCCUUCAACACCUUCUUCAGUGAAACUGGUGCUGGCAAACAUGUACCAAGAGCCGUCUUUGUUGAUUUAGAACCCACUGUAGUAGAUGAAGUGAGAACUGGUACCUACCGUCAACUUUUUCAUCCUGAGCAGCUAAUCACUGGUAAAGAAGAUGCAGCCAACAACUAUGCCAGAGGUCACUACACUAUUGGCAAAGAAAUUGUUGACCUUGUCCUUGACCGUAUCAGAAAGCUUGCUGACCAGUGCACUGGUCUUCAAGGGUUUCUCAUUUUCCACAGUUUUGGUGGUGGCACCGGAUCUGGCUUUGCCUCACUCCUCAUGGAGCGUCUGUCUGUUGAUUAUGGCAAGAAAUCCAAGCUGGAGUUUGCCAUCUACCCUGCCCCUCAGAUCUCCACAGCUGUUGUUGAGCCCUACAACUCCAUUUUGACCACACACACCACCCUUGAGCACUCAGACUGUGCCUUCAUGGUUGACAACGAAGCCAUCUAUGACAUUUGCAGACGUAACCUCGACAUUGAGAGACCCACCUACACCAACCUGAACCGUCUGAUUGGUCAAAUUGUAUCUUCAAUUACAGCCUCUCUCAGAUUUGAUGGUGCUCUGAACGUUGAUUUGACAGAGUUCCAGACCAACUUGGUGCCAUACCCUCGUAUCCACUUCCCACUGGCAACAUAUGCUCCAGUCAUCUCUGCUGAAAAGGCCUACCAUGAACAACUGUCUGUUGCUGAGAUCACUAAUGCCUGCUUUGAGCCAGCCAAUCAGAUGGUCAAGUGUGACCCACGUCAUGGCAAGUACAUGGCCUGCUGUAUGUUGUACAGAGGUGAUGUUGUCCCCAAGGACGUCAAUGCUGCCAUUGCCACCAUCAAGACCAAGAGAACCAUCCAGUUUGUUGACUGGUGUCCAACUGGUUUCAAGGUUGGAAUCAACUACCAACCACCAACUGUUGUCCCUGGAGGUGACUUGGCUAAAGUGCAGCGUGCUGUCUGCAUGUUGAGCAACACCACAGCUAUUGCUGAGGCCUGGGCUAGACUUGAUCACAAGUUUGACCUUAUGUAUGCCAAGCGUGCUUUCGUCCACUGGUAUGUGGGUGAGGGUAUGGAGGAAGGUGAGUUCUCUGAGGCUCGUGAAGACUUGGCUGCCCUUGAGAAGGACUACGAGGAAGUGGGUGUCGACUCUGUUGAAGGCGAGGGUGAAGAGGAGGGAGAAGAAUACUAAACUGAGACCGAAGUCUAGAUGUGAACCAUAACUUGUUCUCCGUUUUUGGACAAACUGAAAUUGUUAAGAACUAGUUUUUUGUUUUUGCUGAUUGUUAAACAAUUUGCUUUAAUAACUUUGGAGAAAAAAAAAAUGAAUUGAAUCUUGAUUCAUUUGUGUAUUUACUGGUCAAAUGUAGAUUUAAGUUGAAUUGUCCAAUAUUUUGGCAGUUUAAGUUGGCAUUUAUUUAUCAUUCCAAAUAUUUUAAUAAAUCAGGACAUUGAUUUUGAUGUACCAGUGUUUAUUAUACAACAAAAUUUGGCAACUUUUUACAUUUUGUUAUUAGGAGAAAUAAAGUUAUAAUUAUUUUUUUUUAUUA